AGGGUCAGGGAGGGGUGGUCCGUGGCUUGGAUUUUAGGGCAAAACUCACUCCCCACCCCCCCACCGUUCUUUCUUUCUUUCCUUCCUUCCUUCCUUCCAUCCAUCCAGCCAUCCGUCCAGCCAAUCCAUCCACCCUCCUGUGCAGCCCCAGGAUGGCGUCGCAAUUGGAGACCGCCGUGGAGACCCUCAUCUCCGUCUUCCACAACUACUCCGGCAGAGAAGGCGACAAGUAUAAGCUGAGCAAGAAGGAGCUGAAGGAGCUGCUGCAGAACGAGCUGGGCUGCCUCUUGGAGACUCAGAGAGAUCCGGAGAUGGUGGACAAGAUCAUGCACGAUCUGGAUGAGAACGGCGAUGGGGAAGUUGAUUUCCAGGAGUAUAUGGUCCUGGUGGCCGCCUUAACCGUGGCCUGCAACCCUUUCUUUUCGGAGGAAACCUGAGCUCGCCGGAGGCCCUUCUGGCGGGAGUUUUUUUUUUUUUUUGGAGGGGGGGUUCAAGCCCAGCGGCCGUUUGCUAUCCCCCUUCGCAAUGGCUUCCCUCCCCCCUCUUUCUUGCGGCUUCUCUGCCCGGCUGGGAGCACCCCGAGGUGCCUUGUAAACCGCCUGCUGAGAUAGCACUGCUGCUGAUUAAAGUUGUUUAGUGUG